UUUGACAGGGAGAACUCAGCACAAACCCACAUUUUGUUUUUUUGCUUGUUUUUGAUUAUUUUCAUCAUGCCAUUUGUAAAGAAAUUGAUCAGACCAAGAUGACACUCUAUGUGUUAAAAGUACUAGCCAAUAGUUAACAGGAAAAUUCCAUAAUUGGCUAUUGGGUUAUUCAUCCAGUGUUCUGAAAUGCAGUAGAAUGAGCCUGCUCUGCUAUUAGUGAAAGCUGUUCCUAAGACUUUGAAUUAAGACUCGUGAGAAGAUGAGGAUGGUGAACUGUUCCGGCACCUUGACAUGCCCUCACAACCUGACAAAAGAGGAGUUAAAAAAAGGUUUGGACACUUAUGGGAACCUGAAGUUUAUUUUCUCAGUAGUUUUGACUAUAAUGAUGAUACUGGUGAUGUUUUCUCUGGGCUGCACUGUGGACAUCAAGAAGUUGUGGUCACACAUCAGAAGACCAUGGGGGAUUGUUGUGGGUUUGCUGUGCCAGUAUGGACUGAUGCCUCUGAUAGCCUACCUCUUGGUCAUUAGCUUUUCUUUGCCACCAAUUCAAGCUGUGGCAGUUCUCAUCCUGGGUUGCAGUCCUGGGGGAACAAUCUCUAACCUUUUGACCUACUGGGCUGAUGGAGAUAUAGACCUCAGCAUUUGUAUGACAACUUGUUCCUCAAUAAUUGCCACUGGAAUGAUGCCUCUCUGCCUUUAUCUCUACACUCGAUCCUGGGAUCUUGAACAGAAUCUCAUCGUACCAUAUCAGACCAUAGGAAUUGUUCUUUUAUGCUUAAUUGUACCGGUGGCUUUUGGCGUCUUUGUGAAUUUCAAGUGGCCGAAACAAUCUAAAAUCAUCCUAAGAAUUGGGAGCAUUGUUGGGGUGAUUCUCUUGUUGGUGAUCACGGUAGCUGGUGGAAUACUGAUUGAAGAAUCUUGGUUUUCAGAUAUUCCCCUUCUGGUCGUCACUUUCUUGUUUCCUUUGAUUGGACACAUGUUUGGUUUCCUUUUGGCUCUUCUCACCCACCAGCCUUGGGAGAGGUGCAGAACCAUUUCCAUAGAAACAGGAGCUCAGAAUGUACAACUGUGUUCCACCAUGCUUCAGUUAUCUUUCACUUCAGAACAAGUGGCCCAGGUAUUUACCUUCCCUUUGAACUAUGGAUUUUUCCAGAUGCUGAAUGGAUUUUUCAUUAUUGCAGUUUAUCAGACAUACAAAAGACUAUGUAAGAAAAAGCAUGAAGAAAAGAACCUUGACUGCAAUGAAGUAUCUGAACUGAAGGAAACAGCUGCCAGGAGUGAGGUGACUUCCUUUCUGGAAAGGGUUGAGGAGUCAGUGUGACCUUGUAACUCUCAUGACAACAGACCCAGUGGAACAUGCCGAAUGAUGGCCCUUUCUUCACCAAAACUCUAGUAACUGUUGGCCAACAAAUCAAUUCAUCUGUUUCAGAUGCUAUUCCUGAACUGUGUAGACAGAAUCUAUUUGAUUAAUUACUAUAUGCACUAUGAAUUGGUAAUGCGAUCCCUUUUGGGAAAAUAUCUUAUUCCCUUUUGGGAGGGAAAUUAAUUUGGCAUGUUAAUAGUCUUGCCUAAAUAGUAUUCUUAUGUAUGAAUACUUUUAAUAUAAUAAUAUACUUGCAAGUCAUUUUAUAACCCUUCUUUUGCAGUCGAUGGUGUUUAGAUUGGGCCAUAGAUCAUCCCUACUGCCUACUGGUUUUAUUGACCUGCCUGUUUAUUUAAAUUCAAUCCAAAGGCCAGUAGAUAGUACAGUGAAUAGAACACUAGUACUUCUCAUCUGUAAAAAAGAAAAAAAUCUCUUACCUAGAUGCCAAUUGACUAAGGAACAGUUAAGCAAAUUGUAGUUAUAAAUGUUCUCGUGCUGUAAGGCAGAGUAAAAUAAUUGUGAAAAUAAUUAUAUAGAGAAGUAUGAGAAGAUUUAGGAAGAAUGGGGACAGGUUUAAGAAAAUAACCUAUACUAACAAUAAGAAAAAAUGAAUUGAAGGCUAUACAGUUAUAAUUAUCAACUUUGCUCUUGAGAUGAGUUGAGAAAAUGCAUCUUUGCAGAGGCAGACUUGUAAUACUGUGGUAUGGAAUACUGUGAAUCUUGCCAGACAUGGCAAUGUGAUUAAUUUUUUGAAGUGAUUUUUUUCCCCCUUUUAAAAAUAUUUUUGCUACAAGGAAAAGCACAUUGGGUAGGAUGGGGGGGAAAGAUUGUAUAUGGAAAUGUAAUUUAUGUAAAACAAAAAGAAUCAAUAAAAAUGAGAAAAAUAAACAUUAGACAACUGUUAUAAGGAUUAAUCAAAAUAAUGUAUGUAAAGCAUAUUAAACUUACAUAGCUCCAACUC